AUGUGAUAAACAACUUAAUUGGAAUCUUGCUGAGAUUCAGAGAGGAGGAGAUUGGUAUGGUUGGAGAUAUUAGAAAAAUGUAUCAUACUGUAAAGCUUUCAGAUGAAGAUAUGCACACUCACAGAUUUUUAUGGAGGAACUUUCAACUAGAGAGAGAACCCUCACACUAUAAAUUGAAGACGGUAACAUUUGGAGACAAACCUUCUGGGCCGAUAGCAAUGUUGGCUCUUCGUAAAACAGCAGAAAUGAAUUGUGACUUCCCAUUAGCCUCUAAAAUGAUUGUAGAGGAUUCCUAUGUUGACGAUAUUAUAAGUAGUGUUGGUUCAACGAAUCAUGCAAUGGAAAGAAUCAAAGAAGUGGAGGAAGUUUUAAGACCAGGAGGUUUUCAGAUUAAAUAUUGGAUUCUCUCUGGAGAGGAUAACAGAAAUGAUGCCAUAAUCUCGAACACUGAUCAAGAAAAGGUUUUAGGGUUAGAAUGGAAACCCAAACAAGAUGUAUUUUCAUUUAAAGUUAAACUCAACUUCUCGAAAAGAACAAGAGAGGGCAGGACAGAACCAAAUGUGAGCUAUGGUGACUUUGAAAGCCGUAUCCCGUGUAUGUUGACUAAAAGAACUGUACUGUCGCAGUUUGCUACACUCUAUGAUCCUCUGGGACUGUUAACACCAUUCACACUGAAAACCAAGUUAAUGAUUCGCUCCAUUAUACUAGAAGCUAAUGAAAACAAAUCUAAGGGAUGGGAUGAGCCUAUCAGUGGAACUUUGUAUUUAGAAGCAGUGGAUUUAUUUCGGGAAAUGCUUGAAAUUGAAAAACUUACUUUUGGAAGAUGCUUAAGGACUACAGAUGUGACUACAGAUCCAGAGUUAAUUAUCUUUUGUGAUAGUAGCAUGAAAGCAUAUGGAGCUGUAGCUUACAUUAGGUGGAAGAAGCAGAAUGGCACAUAUUGUGUAAAACUCUUAUGUUCAAAGAAUAGAAUUGCUCCUAUGAGGCAAAUCAAUAUACCUAGACUGGAAUUGUGUGCUGCAGUUUUGGCAAGCAGAUUGAGAGUAUCCAUUGAAGGAGAAAUGAGAUAUAACUAUUCUAGGAUAAUCCACAUCACAGAUAGUGAGAUUGUAAGGGCACAAAUCCAAAAGGAAUCACAUAGAUUUAACACCUUUGUUGGAAGUAGAGUUGCAGAGAUUCAAUCAAAGACAGAGCCCAUAGAAUGGUAUUGGGUAUCUUCUAAGGAAAACAAUGCUGAUUUAACCACCAGGGAAUGCAGUCCCUUAGAGUUAGGGACAGGAUCUGUAUGGCAAAGUGGUCCACAAUUUCUCUAUCGUGACUUCUCAGAAUGGCCAGUGAAACAGAAUACAGUGUCUGAUCUCCCUGAUACUGUGUUUGCAAAGGUAACCAUGAACACAGGAGAGAUUACUACACCUAAUGAGUUAAUCAACAUCCAAAAUUUCAGCAAUUUGAAACGGCUUUUGUCGGUAAUGGCUCGAGUCAUAAAUGUAGUAAGAAAGAGAUCAUUUAAAGCUAUAAUAUGUGAUCCUAAUGCAGAGGAUAUACAGAGAGCAGAAUUAUUUCUUGUUAAGAACGCUCAAACAAGCCUGCCACAAGACUGGGAAAAGAAAUAUAAACGUCUAGGACCAAGGAUGAGAGAAGAUGGCAUUAUCACUGUGGGAAGUCGAAUGUCAAAAUGGGUAAAAGACAAUUGGAAUUGUGAUCAGUUCAUGUUACUCCCAUCAAAGCAUCCAUUUUCUGAACUGUAUCUGUCCCACAUACACAAGGAAGAUCAUAGUGGAAUAGAAGCGGGCCUUGCUAGAGCUCAAGUGAAAUACUGGGUAUUAGGUGCGAGGAAGACAAUGAAAUCUAUUAGAAAACAAUGUGUAACUUGCCAUAGAAUAGAUAAGAUCUGCACAUCCCAGUGUAUGGGUGAACUACCUAAGGAAAGACUAGAGCCAUGUCCACCAUUUUACAAUGUAAGUGUUGACCUGUUCGGUCCUCUUUGGGUUUGUGAUACGGUGAAAAGAAGAGUGAAAAGAAAAACGUUUGGAGUAAUUUUCAAUUGCAUGACAACAAGGGCUGUACAUUUAGACCUUUCCGAAGGUUAUGAUACUCAAAACUUUCUUACUGUAUUGAAGAGAUUCACUUGUCUUAGAGGAUUUCCCAAAAAAUUAUAUUCAGAUAAUGGUACACAGUUAGUGUCUGCAAACAAGGAAUUGAGAGAUAUGGUUACUCGGUGGAAUAAGCAUGAAGUGUUCAAUUUUGGAAAAUUUAAUGGUUUAAUCUGGGUAUUCAAUAGAUCAGCAGAUGCCCCUUGGGAAAAUUCUUGCAGUGAAGCGUUAAUUAGAUUAGUCAAGAGAUCUCUCACUAGAAUCAUAGGUGAAUCAGUCAUAUCCUUUGGAGAACUACAGUCUGUUAUGUAUGAGGUGGCCAAUGUAUUGAAUGAACGGCCUAUCGGGUUCAAACCAGGUGAAGAUUUUGAUGAAGGGACUGUAUUGAGACCUAAUGACUUACUACUGGGUCGAUCUACCAUUGAUGCUCCUUGUGGAUUUUGGAAUGAACGGGGAGAAGUAAGUAGAUCAUAUGCAUUUAAGAUUAAGGUCAUUGAUUUAUUUUGGAAAAAAUGGAUGAAGAACUACUUUCCUACUCUAAUUGUACGCCAAAAGUGGCAUGUGAGUGUAAGAAAUGUUCGGAAGGGUGACAUUGUACUUGUUAAUGAUCAUAAUGUAUUAAGAGGAGAAUGGAAGUUAGCGGAAGUUGUAGAAGGUAUACCAGGAAGGGAUGGAAAGAUCAGAGAUGUGUUGUUGAGGUAUAAAAUUAAUGAACCAGGAAAACAGUACAGGGGCCAACAUGACAAGCAAAUGGUAAGAUCAGUACAUAGACUGGUGGUGUUGCUCCCAGUCGAUCAACAAUAGAAGUAUAGAAGCCUUUGAUUUGUGGUGGGGGGAGUGUAAUAUGAUUCUCAUCAUAUUAGAAUUAUAAUGUCAUUGUUGGCACCUUUGAAUGUGGAGCGGGCAGUGUGUGUCGCUGUCAUUGGUUGGAAAGAGGUGUAGACACGGGUUGUAUUCCAGUUACUGUAUAAUUGUUAUUGGCAUAUAUGACAAGAAUUGUAAUUAUUAUUGAGAUACAUAUAUUGUUUUCUUACUUAUUAACAAGUUUGGUAUUGGUUAGUAAUGUGUAUUUGUUUGUCAAGAGGAAGUUUUCUUUUAGGGUCUGUGUAUGUAACACGGAUAUAUAUUAUACCGCACUCAGGGUGUAGGGGUAAGGUAGGCAGAGGUACAGUUGGUGCCUGUCAGGGGUGAGUGGCGGUUGUUUGACUGAGCAUAGUUGGGGUAAUGCUGUAAUCAGACAUGUGGUGAAGUCUGCCUUGGCUGAUGAUGGGCGGUCAUUUUGCUGAAUCAAUCAAUAAAUCAAGAUACAGCAAGUCA